GCCAUAAAAUAAAUAUCACCUAUGUCAACUGGUAUAUAAAUGUUGACACGUGGGAUCUAGUAUUCGGGUAUUUUCGACUAUUGUCGUAGCAAUAAUAACCAAAAUUAGUACUCGCAUAAAAUCAUUUGCAUUCCUCAAAAACAUGUUGUGAAUUAUAUUUGUUUAUCUACUAUUAUAAAACUUUAAAUACCCACGGCGCAGAUGUAAGAGUUUGAAGAAUUGUCAUACGACGGAAAUUAGUAAUUAGAGAACUUUCCUCAACAUGUCGCAGUACGAGGAUGUUAUUGUGGAAGACAAAAGAAAUGAUGAAAAUGUUGUACCUGAAUCUGAGAUUCGGCAUAGAAUUCCAUGGAGUGAACGUGUAUUAUUAAAUAGUGAAAUUCCAGGAUUACAUGAAGUUAAGGAAUUAUUGGAAGAUGAUGAUGCAAGUUGUUUAGCAGAAGAAGAAGAUGGAGUUGGUUGUCCAUUGCCUUCAACUCCUGAAGAUGAUCAUCUCUUGGAUUGUGAGAUGACAGAAGUAUUAAAAGCUGGUGUGUUAAGUGAUGAAAUUGAUUUGGGUGCAUUAGCACAUAAUGCUGCAGAGCAAGCAGAAGAAUUUGUUCGUAAGGUGUGGGAAGCAUCAUGGAAGCAAUGCCACUUUAGAAACCUGCCAAAAUGGCUACAGGACAAUGAUUUCUUACAUGCUGGACACAGACCCCCUUUACCAUCAUUUUAUGCCUGUUUUAAAAGUAUAUUUCGAAUUCAUACAGAAACAGGAAAUAUUUGGACCCAUUUACUUGGAUGUGUGGCAUUUAUUGGCAUAGCUAUAUUUUUCAUAACACAACCUCCUAUAGAAAUACAAUUGGAAGAAAAAUUGGUAUUUGGUACCUUCUUUGCUGGUGCUAUUAUGUGUCUAGGAAUGUCAUUUGCCUUUCACACAGUACACUGCCACAGCGAAUGUGUUGGAAAGUUGUUUUCAAAAUUAGACUAUUGUGGAAUAGCUAUGCUGAUUAUGGGUAGUUUUGUACCAUGGCUUUACUAUGGUUUCUACUGUGAUUAUCAACCCAAACUUAUUUAUUUGUCAGUGGUUGUAAUACUUGGUGUAACGAGUAUUGUUGUAUCAUUAUGGGAAAAAUUUGGUGAACCCAGUUACAGACCAUUAAGAGCAGGUGUUUUUAUGGGAUUUGGUCUUAGUGGAGUAGUACCAGCAGUUCAUUAUGCCAUUGCAGAGGGUUGGUUUAAAGCAAUUAGUCAAGCAUCUCUUGGGUGGUUAAUAUUAAUGGGAUGUUUAUAUAUAUUAGGUGCAUUGUUUUAUGCAUUAAGAGUACCUGAACGAUUUUUCCCUGGCAAAUUCGAUAUUUGGUUUCAGAGUCAUCAAAUCUUCCACGUGUUUGUAAUCGCAGCCGCUUUUGUUCAUUACCAUGGAAUAACAGAGAUGGCUAUGUAUAGAAUGACAAUAGGAGAUUGUACAAAUCCGUCGCAGGUGAUAGCUUUUUAAUUGUGCAAUCAUGUUGUUGGAUUUCACCUUAUGUACCUUUAUCAAGAUUUAAAAGAAUCCUAAAUCUUUGUGUGUCAGUAGAUCUGUACUACAAAAGAACUGCUGGAAACAAUAUCAUGAAAUUGA